UACCACAGCUCAUGGCAACGCCGGAUCCUUAACCCACUGAGCAAGACUAGGGAUCGAACCCGCAACUUUAUGGUUCCUAGUCAGAUUCGUUAACCACUAUGCCACUACGGGAACUCCUCUUCUCCUCAUUUGAGCUUAUGGUCCAAAACCUGCACUGUCAAUCAACACCUUUUUAAGGUGGUAGAAUGAUUAAUGAUAUUCCUGAAAUGCUCAGCAGAAACCUGCUGAAUAUUAAAGCUUGAGAAAAGUCACAGUAACAAAGCAUUGCUGUGAUGGUGGGUGCACAGAAAGCAUAUGCUGGCCUAGCACAUAUGUCAAAUUCUUGGAACUUGGAAAUAUGUAUUAAUGUAGGGGUUUCCUGUAAUGUAACUUCUAAAGAAGAUGGUGAACAGCAGAUCAAAAACACUGAGAAGAAAAUGGGUUUUUAUAGAUUAUGUAAUUGAAACAUUUUUCACCUUCUAUCUAUACCUUAUCUCUGGAAAAAAGUUAUUUACAACCGAAUGCUUAUGGGGUUAAUUGAGACAAUGAGUGUAAUCUUGCUUUCUUCAGAGGUGAUGUGCUUUAUAAACUCCAAGUGUUAUUAUCUGCAAUGUAGAUUUAUUUUGGGGGGAAGAUGCUAACCAUGUUAGGGAAAUAGUGCAGGAGGGAGAAAAGGCAAAUCUGAUUAAUGGUAUAUGUGGGAUUUAGAAUCAAUGACUAACCCAACAACAGCUGAAAAUUGCUUUGAUGUCAUGCAAUGAACACCCACUAUCUGCAUAUUGACUUCAUUUCAGAUGGUGUUCUAGAGUACGUCAUAGUGGAAACAACCCUGGGUGGGAGUCAGGGUUUAUAAGCUCUAGACUAGCUCUGCCUUGACUACCUAUGUGUUUCAUUUCCCCAUCUUUAAAAUAGAAUGAUUAUGGGAAAAGGUCUUUGAGAUCCUUCUAGAUCUAAUAUCUUAUCAUUCUGUGAUUCUACAUCCCGUGCCUGUCAAAAGCAUUUUGACUUUCUUCAAGUUGCUUAAGCCAGCAUUUCAGUUAGACUGUAUCCAGGAGCUUAUUUCCAUGGGCUAUUGGGAACAGCAAGGCCUUGCUUCUCCAGGACUUGAUAUGUCUUCUGUUAACUGCUGACAGUGAGCCAUACCAGCUAAAAGGCUCCUUUGGUAGCCUUAAAGAUUGAAAGGACAAAUGGACAGUGGUGAGAGCUCUGUGGAAGAGGAGACCUGAGAGACGUUGAUCACCAUGGCCCCUUGGGAUUUGCAAAGAGGAAUGACUAGAACUGGGCCAUUCACUGCAGCCAGGUCAAAGGUCAGGUCAGGAAUGUGGACAAUGCUGGUGACUCCAGUUGCUUCCAAGAUCCGGUAUUUACAGGAAUAUCAUAACCGGGUUCUCCACAACAUUUAUCCUGUACCUUCAGGAACAGAUAUUGCAAACACCCUGAAAUACUUUUCUCAGACCUUGUUAAGCAUUUUGUCCCGCACAGGGAAGAAGGAAAACCAAGAUGCCUCCAAUUUGACAGUGCCCAUGACCAUGUGUCUUUUUCCUGUGCCAUUCCCACUCACCCCAUCUCUAAGACCGCAGGUCAGUUCCAUCAACCCUACUGUUACUCGCUCCCUCCUUUACAGCGUCCUGCGAGAUGCUCCCUCUGAACGUGGCCUGCAAAGUCGUGAUGCUCACUUGUCAGACUACCCUUCUUUGGACUAUCAAGGCCUCUACGUGACUUUGGUGACUCUCCUGGAUCUAGUUCCUUUACUACAGCAUGGCCAACAUGAUCUUGGACAGUCAAUAUUUUAUACAACUACGUGUUUGCUCCCCUUUCUCAAUGAUGAUAUUCUGAGUACUUUGCCCUACACAAUGAUAUCCACCUUAGCUACCUUCCCUCCGUUUCUGCACAAGGAUAUUAUUGAAUAUCUUAGCACAUCUUUUCUACCAAUGGCUAUACUGGGCUCCUCAAGGAGAGAAGGCGUUCCUGCCCAUGUUAAUCUCUCUGCAUCAUCCAUGCUAAUGAUUGCAAUGCAGUACACAUCCAAUCCAGUGUAUCAUUGUCAAUUAUUGGAAUGCCUCAUGAAAUAUAAACAAGAAGUCUGGAAAGACCUUUUAUAUGUGAUAGCCUAUGGGCCCUCACAAGUGAAACCUCCAGCUGUGCAAAUGCUGUUCCAUUACUGGCCCAAUUUAAAACCUCCUGGGGCAAUAAGCGAGUACAGGGGCUUGCAGUACACAGCUUGGAACCCCAUCCACUGCCAGCACAUUGAAUGCCACAACGCAAUUAACAAACCAGCUGUGAAGAUGUGUAUAGACCCUUCCCUGUCAGUAGCUUUGGGUGAUAAACCACCCCCGUUGUACCUCUGUGAAGAGUGCAGCCAGAGAAUUGCUGGGGACCACAGUGAAUGGUUGAUUGAUGUUCUUCUGCCGCAAGCUGAAAUAUCUGCUAUAUGUCAGAAGAAGAACUGCAGUUCCCAUGUUAGAAGAGCUGUUGUCACCUGCUUUUCAGCAGGGUGCUGUGGUCGUCACGGAAACAGGCCUGUUCGGUAUUGCAAAAGAUGCCACUCGAAUCAUCACAGUAAUGAAGUGGGGGCUGCGUCGGAGACCCACCUCUAUCAGACCUCCCCUCCACCCAUCAACACUCGGGAAUGUGGUGCUGAGGAGCUCGUCUGCGCCGUGGAGGCCGUAAUUAGCUUGUUGAAAGAAGCCGAGUUCCAUGCUGAGCAGCGAGAACAUGAGCUGAAUCGCCGGCGGCAGUUGGGCCUCUCCUCUUCCCACCAUUCCCUGGAUAACGCUGACUUUGAUAACAAGGAUGAUGAUAAACACGACCAGCGUCUACUCAGUCAAUUUGGAAUAUGGUUCUUAGUGAGCCUUUGCACACCCAGUGAGAACACGCCUACGGAAAGCUUGGCCAGGCUGGUGGCCAUGGUAUUUCAGUGGUUUCACUCUACAGCGUAUAUGAUGGAUGAUGAAGUUGGAAGUUUGGUGGAAAAACUGAAGCCUCAGUUUGUCACCAAGUGGUUGAAGACAGUAUGCGAUGUUCGCUUUGAUGUCAUGGUCAUGUGCCUUCUUCCCAAACCAAUGGAAUUUGCCAGGGUUGGUGGAUACUGGGAUAAAUCCUGUAGCACAGUGACUCAGUUAAAGGAAGGUCUCAACCGAAUCCUCUGCCUGAUCCCCUACAAUGUGAUCAGUCAGUCCGUGUGGGAGUGUAUCAUGCCAGAAUGGCUGGAAGCCAUCAGGACAGAAGUUCCAGAUAAUCAGUUAAAAGAAUUCAGGGAAGUAUUAAGCAAAAUGUUUGACAUUGAGCUUUGUCCUCUACCUUUUUCAAUGGAAGAGAUGUUUGGCUUUAUUAGUUGUCGGUUCACAGGAUACCCUUCCUCUGUGCAGGAACAGGCUUUACUGUGGCUUCAUGUAUUAUCGGAGUUAGACAUCAUGGUUCCACUUCAACUAUUAAUAAGUAUGUUUUCUGAUGGAGUUAAUUCUGUCAAAGAACUGGCAAAUCAAAGAAAAUCAAGAGUCAGUGAACUGGCAGGGAACCUUGCAGCUCGAAGGGUGAGUGUUGCCUCUGAUCCUGGUCGACGAGUUCAGCACAACAUGCUGAGUCCAUUUCAUAGUCCUUUUCAGAGUCCGUUUCGGAGUCCUAUGCGUAGUCCAUUCCGUAGUCCUUUCAAGAAUUUCGGACAUCAAGGAGGAAGGACUAUUGACUUUGAUUGUGAAGAUGAUGAAAUGAAUCUAAAUUGUUUCAUCCUCAUGUUUGAUCUUCUCCUAAAGCAGAUGGAGUUACAAGAUGAUGGGAUCACAAUGGGUUUAGAGCACAGCUUAUCAAAGGACAUUAUUUCCAUUAUAAACAAUGUCUUCCAAGCCCCCUGGGGGGGUUCCCACACCUGCCAGAAGGAUGAAAAAGCAAUCGAGUGUAGCUUAUGUCAGUCUAGUAUUCUCUGCUAUCAGCUUGCUUGUGAACUCCUGGAGAGACUGGCUCCCAAAGAAGAAAGCCGGCUGGUGGAGCCCACCGACAGCCUUGAGGAUAGCCUCCUUUCGUCCAGACCAGAGUUCAUUAUAGGCCCCGAAGGUGAGGAGGAAGAGAAUCCAGCAACCAAGCAUGAGGAGAACCCAGGCAGUUGCACUGAAUCCAUGGAACAUGCUGCAAUAAAGAAUGACACCGAAAGAAAAUUUUGCUACCAACAGCUUCCAGUAACUUUGAGAUUAAUAUACACCAUUUUCCAGGAAAUGGCUAAGUUUGAAGAGCCAGACAUUCUUUUUAAUAUGCUCAAUUGCCUGAAGAUUCUCUGUCUGCAUGGAGAGUGUUUAUACAUUGCUAGAAAAGAUCAUCCUCAAUUUUUAGCCUACAUUCAGGAUCAUAUGUUGAUUGCAAGCCUGUGGAGAGUUGUCAAAUCUGAAUUCUCCCAGCUAUCUUCAUUGGCAGUUCCUCUCCUUCUUCAUGCUUUGUCGCUUCCUCAUGGUGCUGACAUCUUUUGGACAAUCAUCAAUGGCAAUUUCAACAGCAAAGACUGGAAGAUGAGAUUUGAAGCAGUGGAAAAAGUGGCUGUAAUUUGUAGAUUUCUGGAUAUUCACUCAGUGACCAAAAACCACCUGCUGAAAUACUCCCUUGCACAUGCCUUCUGCUGCUUUCUGACAGCUGUGGAGGACGUCAACCCAGCAGUGGCUACAAGGGCUGGUCUCCUGCUUGACACCAUAAAGAGGCCAGCAUUGCAGGGUCUGUGUCUUUGUCUUGACUUCCAGUUUGAUACUGUGGUUAAAGAUCGACCCACAAUAUUGAGCAAGCUUUUACUUUUGCAUUUUCUUAAGCAAGAUAUUCCUGCUUUGAGCUGGGAGUUCUUUGUGAACAGAUUUGAAACGCUUUCUUUGGAAGCUCAGCUACACUUGGAUUGUAACAAAGAAUUUCCUUUUCCUACAACUAUCACUGCUGUGAGGACCAAUGUCGCCAAUCUCAGUGACGCAGCAUUGUGGAAGAUCAAGAGGGCUCGUUUCGCAAGGAACCGCCAGAAGAGUGUUCGUUCUCUGAGAGACAGCGUGAAAGGGCCUGCGGAAUCCAAGAGGGCGCUCUCCCUUCCUGAGACACUAACUUCCAAAAUCCGACAACAAUCUCCUGAGAAUGACAACACUAUCAAGGACCUGCUCCCAGAAGAUGCUGGGAUCGACCACCAGACAGUGCACCAGCUGAUUACAGUGCUCAUGAAGUUCAUGGCCAAAGAUGAGAGCAGCGCCGAGUCAGACAUCAGCAGCGCCAAAGCCUUCAACACAGUCAAGCGGCAUCUGUACGUCUUACUUGGCUAUGAUCAGCAGGAAGGUUGCUUCAUGAUUGCACCUCAAAAAAUGCGUCUGUCAACUUGCUUUAAUGCAUUUAUUGCAGGAAUUGCUCAAGUUAUGGACUACAACAUUAAUUUGGGAAAACACCUUCUCCCCUUGGUGGUUCAGGUGCUCAAAUACUGCUCUUGUCCUCAACUACGGCAUUAUUUCCAACAGCCACCUCGUUGUUCCCUCUGGUCCCUAAAACCUCACAUCCGGCAGAUGUGGUUGAAGGCCUUGCUUGUCAUCCUUUACAAGUAUCCAUACCGAGACUGUGAUAUCAGCAAGGUCCUGCUGCAUCUGAUUCACAUAACAGUCAAUACACUCAAUGCACAGUAUCAUAGCUGCAAGCCCCAUGCCACGGCAGGACCUUUGUACAGUGACAACAGUAACAUAAGCAGAUACAGCGAAAAAGAAAAAGAAGAAGAUAGUGUUUUUGAUGAAUCUGAUAUUCAUGAUACACCUACUGGACCCUGCAAUAAAGAGUCUCAAACUUUUUUUGCAAGAUUGAAAAGGAUAGGCGGCAGCAAAAUGGUGAAAUAUCAGCCGGUUGAGAUGAAUGUUCAGAGAAGUGAAAUAGAACUGGCUGAAUAUAGAGAAACGGGUGCUUUACAAGACAGCAUUCUACACUGUGUGAGAGAAGAAAGCAUUCAGAAAAAAAAGCUGCGCUCUUUAAAACAAAAAUCUCUUGAUAUAGGGAAUGCAGACUCCCUCUUGUUUACAUUAGAUGAGCACCGCAGGAAGUCCUGCAUAGACCGUUGUGACAUAGAUAAGCCUCCCGCCCAAGCUGCUUACAUCAUGCAAAGACAGCAGGACCAUGGACGUUCUAGGCAGAAUUCUGCUACAAGACCCGACAAUCCCGAAAUCCCAGAGAACCCAGCUAUGGAAGGGUUUCAAGAAAUGCGAAGGCCUGUAAUACCAGAAGUUAGGUUAAACUGCAUGGAGACAUUUGAGGUGAAAGUUGAUUCUCCAGUAAAGCCUGCUCCUAAAGAGGAUUUAGAUCUGAUAGAUUUGUCCUCGGAUUCAACAUCUGGGCCUGAAAAACACUCUAUGCUCUCAACCUCGGACAGCGACUCUCUUGUGUUUGAACCUCUUCCCCCUCUCCGAAUAGUAGAGAGUGAUGAAGAGGAGACCAUGGACCAGGGGAACGAUGGUGCCACUGGUAAAAACGCUGCCUCCUCUCUCUCCAUCCCCAGCCACCCCUCUGUCCUCAGUCUGAGUACAACUCCCCUUGUGCAAGUAAGUGUGGAGGAUUGUUCCAAAGACUUUUCUUCUAAGGACUCAGGAAAUAACCAGUCAGCAGGUGACAAGGACUCCUCUCUCAUAGCUCUGGAAGACCCCACAGACUCUGAAGAAUUGGCAAAGUCAGAGCUGCAAGAGUUUUCCUGUGGCAGCCCGCUUACGCUUAAACAAAAACGAGACCUCCUUCAGAAGUCAUUUGCUCUCCCCGAGAGGUCACUAGACGAUAACCCUGAGCCCAGCACUGAGGAGGAGAAGCCCAGUGGGCUGAUGCCCAGUUUGGGGACAAAAACUGUCCUCCUCAAGGUCCCUGAAGAUUCUGAGAAUCCAAUGGAAAGUGAGAAGCCCAACACCAGUGCUGAAUCAGACACAGAACAGAACCCCGAGAGGAAGGCAGAAGAGGAGGGAGCCGAGGAAUCCGAAUUUAAGAUUCAGAUUGUGCCCAGGCAGAGGAAACAGAGGAAGAUUGCUGUCAGUGCUAUCCAGAGGGAGUACCUCGACAUUUCCUUCAACAUUCUAGACAAAUUGGGAGAUCAGAAAGAGCCAGAUCCUGCUACUAAAGGACUUUCAACUUUGGAAAUGCCACGAGAAUCCUCAUCUGCCCCUACAUUAGAAGCAGGUGUGCCAGAAACAAGUAGCCAUUCCUCAAUAUCAACUCAGUAUAGGCAGAUGAAAAGGGGAUCCCUGGGAGCUCUGACAAUGAGCCAGUUAAUGAAGCGACAGCUGGAACAUCAGUCUAGCGCCCCCCAUAACAUCAGCAACUGGGACACUGAACAGGUACAGCCUGGGAAGCGCCAAUGUAAUGUGCCAACGUGCCUAAACCCUGACCUGGAGGGACAGCCGUUGAGAAUGAGAGGCGCCACGAAAUCCAGCCUGCUGUCAGCACCCAGCAUCGUGAGUAUGUUUGUGCCAGCCCCCGAAGAAUUCACAGAUGAGCAGCCGACGGUGAUGACAGACAAAUGCCACGACUGUGGGGCCAUUCUUGAAGAAUACGAUGAGGAAACCCUCGGGCUGGCCAUCGUGGUCCUCUCCACAUUCAUUCACUUAAGCCCAGACUUGGCAGCCCCACUGUUGCUGGAUAUCAUGCAGUCUGUGGGAAGAUUGGCAUCCAGCACAACUUUUUCUAAUCAAGCAGAAAGCAUGAUGGUCCCCGGCAACGCAGCGGGGGUGGCCAAGCAGUUCUUGCGCUGUAUCUUCCAUCAGCUGGCUCCCAACGGCAUCUUCCCGCAGCUGUUCCAGAGCACCAUCAAAGAUGGGACUUUUUUACGGACCUUGGCCACGUCUCUGAUGGACUUCAAUGAGCUGAGCUCUGUUGCUGCUCUCAGUCAGCUCUUGGAGGGUCUAAAUAACAAAAAGAAUUUACCAGCAGGGGGUGCUAUGAUACGCUGUUUGGAAAACAUUGCUACGUUCAUGGAAGCUUUGCCCAUGGAUUCUCCUAGUAGCCUCUGGACCACAAUCAGCAACCAGUUUCAGACAUUUUUUGCCAAGCUGCCUUGUGUUUUGCCUUUGAAAUGUUCUUUAGAUUCCAGUUUGAGAAUUAUGAUAUGCCUCUUGAAGAUACCCUCUACCAAUGCUACAAGGAGUUUGUUGGAACCAUUUUCAAAACUGCUCAGCUUUGUAAUUCAGAAUGCCGUCUUCACUUUGGCCUACCUGGUGGAGGUGUGUGGCUUAUGUUACCGAGCUUUCACUAAGGAGCGGGAUAAAUUCUACUUGUCUCGUAGUGUUGUUCUAGAACUCCUGCAGGCCCUGAAGCUCAAAUCUCCUUUACCAGACACAAACCUGCUUUUGCUUGUCCAGUUUAUUUGUGCAGAUGCUGGAACCAAACUAGCUGAGUCAACAAUCCUCAGCAAGCAGAUGAUUGCCUCCGUACCUGGAUGCGGGACGGCGGCGAUGGAGUGUGUGCGACAGUACAUCAACGAAGUGCUGGAUUUCAUGGCAGACAUGCACACGCUGACCAAACUCAAGAGCCACAUGAAGACAUGUUCCCAGCCUCUUCAUGAAGAUACAUUUGGUGGACAUCUCAAAGUCGGGCUGGCUCAGAUUGCAGCCAUGGAAAUCUCACGGGGCAACCACAGAGAUAACAAAGCUGUGAUUCGCUAUCUGCCUUGGCUCUAUCACCCCCCUUCUGCAAUGCAACAAGGACCGAAAGAAUUCAUCGAGUGUGUCUCCCACAUCCGUCUGUUGUCCUGGCUGCUCCUGGGUUCCCUCACUCAUAACGCGGUGUGCCCCAAUACCUCCUCUCUGUGUCUGCCCAUACCUCUGGAUGCAGGUUCCCAUAUUGCAGACCAUCUUAUUGUCAUCCUGAUUGGAUUUCCAGAGCAAUCAAAGACCUCCGUGCUGCACAUGUGUUCUCUUUUCCACGCAUUUAUCUUUGCUCAGCUCUGGACUGUAUAUUGUGAACAAAGUGCCGUAGCUACAAAUGUCCAAAGUCAGAAUGAAUUCAGCUUCACAGCGAUCCUGACCGCACUAGAGUUUUGGAGUAGGGUGACACCUAGCAUCCUUCAGCUGAUGGCCCAUAACAAAGUGAUGGUAGAAAUGGUGUGUCUCCAUGUGAUUAGUUUAAUGGAGGCAUUGCAAGAAUGCAAUUCAACAAUUUUUGUCAAGCUGAUACCUAUGUGGUUGCCAAUGAUUCAGUCAAAUAUCAAGCACUUAUCUGCGGGACUCCAGCUUCGCCUCCAGGCCAUUCAGAACAACGUGAACCACCACAGCCUCAGGACGCUGCCGGGCUCAGCCCAGAGCAGUGCCGGCCUGGCGGCCUUGCGCAAGUGGCUGCAGUGCACCCAGUUCAAAAUGGCCCAGGUGGAGAUCCAGUCCUCAGAAGCAGCCUCUCAAUUUUAUCCUCUGUGAGCGGACUCCUCGGCUCCCAGUGUCAACACUCUGGUUUAGCAAUAAUGGGUUUAAAAACAAAACAAUUCGAUCCAAGCAGGUUGGGGAACAUAUUGGUACUGUACAUUCUCUUUCUAGUUUAGUAAAAGACGUGCAAAGGCCCGAGAGGGCCAAAAUGAAGCUUUCUUGCUACACAUAUUUCUGAUGACUCCUUGGGCUAUCUGAUUAAGUGUUUCCUUACAUUAUUUUUUAAAAACCAAAUCAUUUUUCUUUAACUAACUUCUAUUUUUUUUAAGAAAAAAAAAAAUAGACUGGUGGGUACUCACAGAAAAGUUGUAUAAGUCCCCCUGUUGCUAUUUUUGAUGAUAGAGAAUAAAUAGGGUUUUUGAAACCUUUGUAGUGUUUUUUCUUAAAAUCCACUCUUGGCAAUGCAAUAAUAAUAAUAAUAAUAAAAAAAAAAACCGUCACCAUAAGCCAGUGACACUUGACUGAAGCUUUUUGUCAUUAUCCUGGGAAAAGUGGCAGCUUGCAAGGACCAUUACAAAGUGCACUUAGAAAUUAGGUGGUUAAACUGUGCCAAUUGUUUUCUUUGUUUUAUAAUAUCAUUUUCCAGAACUGUCCAGUAAGUUUUAUUAUUUUUAAAACUAGUUUUUCAACUCAUCCGUUCUAGGCUGUACUUUCUUGGAAGCUCUAUGAUAACCAUUUUAGUUUUGUGAAUAAUAAAUUUUAUUCUUUUGUUAAUACUUGUAUACAAUUCAAUUUCAAACUGUAGAUUGCAUACUGGACCAGACAAUUUCCCCACGCUGGCACAGAACACUGCACCUGGAGCUAUGUUUCAUAAAAUGGAAUUUUAAUAGUGUAAGAGCACCAAGAUUUAUCAGCACUUAUACUUAGCAUUUGAGUGUGCAUUCACAAAUGAUACUUCUCUUCUCUACCCCUGUAAUGCACUGACUAAAAGAAGACUUAAUAUACAUUUAAGCUGUAUAUUGACAUGCUAUUAAAUGCAUUUUUUAUUAUC